AUGCUCUUUCUUAUUCAGGUCUUUGUCACACUCUUGCUCGUGGCAGUUGAAGCUGAUGGCAUCACCAAGAAUGCCUACAACUGCGCCAGCUUUAUGCUCCGCGUGCCUGUCAACAAUGUCACUACGGUUGUGCCACCAUUCCCGCCCUUCGCCAAUCAAUACGCCGCGACAUCCUUUUCGAACUCAGUGACGGAACUACUCGUUAUGCCACCGACCUCCGCCCCGGCUGCAAAUCUGUCCACGCUGACCAAAACGUUCGACAUCAGUGCCGAGUAUUGUACACCUGCUCAACCAGGGCCAAAAGCGUCUACACUGCAAAUUCUCACCCACGGACUCGGCUUCAAUCGAUCGUACUGGGACUUCUACGCAACUGGGAAUCCGAAUGAUGCGGAGUAUUCCUAUGUCAACACCGCUACCGGUGCAGGCUACAGUACCCUGUCCUGGAACCGGCUCGGCCACCCGCCUUCGACUGUCGCAGAUCCCUAUACAGAGAUCCAAGCAACCGUUGAGCUUGCCCUACUGGUUGGCAUCACGACUCUCGCAAGAGCCGGAAAUAUCGCACAAAUCCCCAAGCCAGACAAGGUUAUCCAUGUUGGACAUAGCUGGGGAAGUAUUUUGGGACUAGGUCUCGCAGCAUCUGCACCCGAUCUGUCGGAUGGCCACGUGUUGACGGCGUUUUCCGAUCUGACCCUGUAUCAGAGCUUGUUCAUUGCCAGCACAAGCUUUCGCUUCGCCAACCGAAACCAGCCUAGGCGGUUUCCGAGCGAGACCUUUUCGAGCGGCUUCCUGACCUGGCCAGACAAGUACGCCAACCAGUACUGCUUCUUCGAGUAUCCGUAUUUCGAUCCUGCCGUACUCGACCAAGCGGAGGCCGGCAAGUACCCCUUUACCAUCGGCGAAUUCUUGAGCGCAGCAUUUCUUCCCAGUGCUGCUCCAAACUUCAAAGGUCCAGUUCUCUACGUGGCUGCUGAAGCUGACUUGAUUUUCUGCGGGUCAAACUGUACUUCUUUGUUUGGGCCGACCAGCAAAGCCGUCGAGGCCUUCAGUGGCACUUCGAGUGUCGAGACCUACGUUCAGCCGAAGGUCGGUCAUGGUAUUAACCUUCACAUGAACGCCACCGGCGCGUAUAAUGUGAUCAUGGACUGGGCUUCACGGCACGGAUUCUAA